AUGCUUCGUAUAGCUCCGGAUUCUAUCCCUACUGCAAUUGUACGAGGAGUGAUGAAUGGUAACGAUAAUAACGAAGACCAGCAGUUGCUACAGGAUGCUUCAACGCUAUUGAUGUUUGCCAAUGUGGCAGCCAAACAGCAGCAACAAGAGCAGCAUCACCAUCAACAACAACAUAAUCAACUACAACAACAACAACAAAACCAAAGUCCUGCUGCAAUACAGCGUCUACCGCAACUUCAUACCAAUCAGACACAAAUACAGACACAACCACAGUCACUGGCGCUGACGCUGACACAAUCUCCUACUACAAAUACGGGUCAGAUUCAAUUUCAGAACUCGUCCCAGAUUCAGGGAGGAGGUAUGAUACUUCAACGUAAUGCUCCGCUUAUGCAACAACCACAGCAGCAGCAGCAGCCACAACCGCAACAACCUCCUAUGGUUUCACCUCAAUUUUACAAACCUGUAGACCUGCUGCAGCUGCAGCCGUAUUCUGAUCACGUAAACAAUGAAUACCAGAGAAAACAGUACGAAGCUCACCCAGAGCUACAGAAAGACAGGAAAACGUCUCAGGAUAGCGAUCAUGAUCUUCCAAAGCCAUCUACUUUUAAACAUCAUCACUUGCCAUCGACUGAACCUUCAAACCAAACUACAGCUCAGUCACAGUCCAAGAGUCCUACGUCUUCAACCAUGUCUUCACCUCCUCUGCAUCUCCCUGUUCAAGGUAGUUUUGUCACUCCCAGAGGUGCUCCAUUACUGAUGGAUCACGUACCACAAGUUGCUCACAAAAGAACCAAGUCAGAGUCCGAUAGAGUCUCAUUUAAACAUCUGCCUGGUCCGGCCAACGUUGCUCUUCUGGAAAAGGACAAGAGUGGAAGUGCCAUGAUAGCAGCAGCAGCAUUGGCAGCUGCGGCAGAUAUGCCAAUGCCACUGGUCAAGGCUCAUAAUGCACCUACUAUUAAUAUACUUACGAGUGCUUCAUCUCUUCCUAAGCCUACAGCAUUGGAAGUGAAAAUGGAGCCACCAUUGGAACAGAAGAAUGUCAAGGAUCCUAUACCCAGAUCUCACCAUAUAAUGCCAUCUAUUCAUAUGUUGACCAAUCCAACAGAAUCCAAUAAAGUGUUGCUGGAAACUCGGGAGAAGGUUCUGAGUGAAAUGAGUGAAGGCAACAUUGGGUCGGCAACGGAAUCGCUCGAAACGAGCAGUCUUCAGAGCAUUGAAAUGGCUCAAGCUCCUUCUUCCCAAGCUAGUUCUGACCACAAGCAACAGCUUGAUCGACAGGACAGUAGCAAGUUGGAAGAGAAGGUACAGAGUGUUCCGCAAGCUAUAGAGAAACAAUUAGGGACAGAAAAAGGUGAACAACACCCUGAGUCAGUGUCGUCCAACACAGAAAUCACCGAGUCGAAGCCAGAGUCAAUUAGUCACGAGGAGAACACUACUUCACCUACAUCGACCAACAGAGAAAUCAAAGUAACCUUGAAGUAUGAACCAGGCCUUGAAGUUAGAAGGAAUACAGUAGGAAUUGAACCAAAGGAGAGGCAAGUUGACAACAAUGAUAAUAAUGUUACUACUACACGAAAGUACCAACCACCACCACUUGAAACUUACAAGGUGGACCCAGAUUUAGGUUUAAUUGGGUGUGUUUGUGAUAUCGAUGACGAUGACGGCUUCACUAUUCAAUGUGAUAUUUGUUUUAGAUGGCAGCAUUGUCUAUGUAUGGGAUUCAUGACCAGUGAAGAGGUGCCUGAAGAUGAGUAUAAGUGCUAUUACUGUGAUCCUAACAAAUGGGGUAAGUUCAAUGCAGAGAAAUGCCGAGCCGAGACCUUGGCACGUAUAACAAACGAGAAGAAGACCAUGGCCAACAAUGUACAAGCUACUUCUGGAGCUUCAACAGAGGAGAACACUGAAGAAAAACGUACAGAUAUGGAGGAUUUUACCAAGGAGAAGAGGAAAUCACACAAUCAAGAUAAGUUGGAAAAAAAUGAAAAGAGAAGAAAGGUUGAAGAGGGAGGAGGAGAUAAUGCGAUGGAACAAUCUGUUGGUGAAAAGCAAAUAACUCCUAGUGUACCAGAGUUACCCAAUCCGGCCAACCAGCUAUUGGACGAUGGCAUAUCAGCAGAGAACUAUCAAUCAGUAUAUUUUAAGUUGAAGUCGAAUGAUUACAAGAACAAUUCAGUUAAAGAACAUCUUGAGCAAGUAGGCACAUACUUUCAGUCAUUUGCUGCAAGUUUAACUAAAGCAGAGCAGUUGAAGUUGCCUAUUGAGAUCCAAUCAAUGGCUGGAUACAAGCAAACCAAAUUCUGCAGGAUAAUUUUACCUAAUCAGAUUCGCUAUCUUCAAAGUCACCGUGAACAUAAAGUGAAGACUUCCGGAAGUAGGAACAAAUACUCCAUUCAGGUGAAGUCUUAUAAUGAAAACCUGAAGCAAAAGUUUAAUGCUGUUUCCAAGCUUGGCCUUUUCCUUUCACUGAAUGAGAGUCACGGCCACAGCAACAAUCUGGGUCUGAGCCUGACCCUGAGUUCAAACAACAGCCCGUCUGUAGUUCCUGGAGGUACUCCUAUAAUUGAAUAUUUGGGGGAAAUCAACUUCUUUUCUAGUUAUACAGAAGAGAAGAUCAACCAAUACAAAACCUUGGGCUGUACCAAGCAAUAUGUCGUUAAAACAACGUUGAACGUUCAAAAUGAUAUGAGCGUGGACUUGGUACUUGACUCAAGGUUUGUAGGGAACGAAUCCCGGUUCAUAAGAAAAGCAUGCCCCAACUCGACCAAUUGCAAGAUUGUUCCUAUUUAUAUUCAUUCUAAGAAUCUUUUCAAGUUCAUUGUUGUUACCAAACAUGAUAUUGAGUUAACUCCAGAGACUCCUGAGGUUGAAUUAAGUUUGGAUUGGGAUUGGGACGAUUCUCAUCCGAUUCAAAGGUUUUAUAAGGACCCUUCAAUCAAGUUUGAGCAAUUGAAUGAAGAAGAUCGAAAGAAGUUGAUUAUUGGAAUUGAUAAUCUCUUGCCAUUUGUCGACUGUGGCUGUAACAAUGCCUUAGGAACGAACUAUCAGUCUCAAUGUGCUGUUUUCAAGGUGAAGAAGGCCAUUACGUUCUUAUUGCGGUCUCAAAGGAAGGCAUCACAAAUUAGCAAUAUAAACUUGAGCAAAUCUAAAGAAGAACUUUUGUUUCCUCAUAGAACAAAGGAGUACCACUCAUGGACUGAGAGAUUAGGUGAUAGAGAUAAGUUGAUCCAAAUGAAGCUUUCCGUGUCAACUUCAGACACCUUGAAUGAAUUGCAACAAGAACAGGACCAUGAACAAGAUCCAGAAGAGCAACAGCAAGAACUAGAUCCAGAAGUGAAGCAACAUGAUGACCAAAAUCCAGAAGAGAAGCAACAAUAUGAUGAGAGCAAUGAUAAAGACGAAAGCAUUAAACAGAAUAUGAACGUAAAGGGCCCCGCAAUUGCACUUGGAGCCAAUGAACAACCCCAAAUAAAAUCUUCAUAUAAAGCUUUAAUCAAACAACCAUACAAGAAGCUUCUAGUUGCCAGAACAAGAGUAAAGAUCCUGAAUGUCUACUCUACCAAACCAAGUGAGAAAGUUUUGGAGUCAACUCUUGAUGUUCCCAUUCCUGUCGUGCCUGAAGUGCAGCUACUGAUCGAGAAGCAGAUUAACGAAGAGUUGAAUAAGAAUAUAACAGAGUUGAAGCAGAUCAUCAGUCCCCAAGUGAUUGAAGCGGCCGUUGAACAACCGGCGGAGAUUGUUGUACCCAAAAUUCCUCCACAACCCACAAUUAAGAAACUUCUGUUUGCUGAUUAUAAGAAGAAGAUGAAAUAG